AUGGCGAGGAAUUCGUCAGAUUAUGGAGCUUACACGGAAAAAUUCACUCUGCAACCUCCUCCUUCAUCUCAUCAACUUCCGUUAACUGGACUCAUCUUUGCUGUCAAAGAUAUAUUUGAUGUGGAGGGGUAUGUUACUGGUUUUGGGAAUCCGGAUUGGGCGAGUACGCAUUCUGCUGCUGUAUCAACUGCUCCGGCUGUUUUGGAUAUGCUCAAGGCAGUGCUAGUCGCUGCUGCAGCUGCGGACGCUGAUGAGGAUUCAAGCAUCUUAGCCAUGCCUACAGUUCCCGGCCCUCCACCAAAGCUACAAACAGAGCCAACCACACUGGAAACUUUUUGCGCCAAGGCUUUUACUCUGUUAUCUGUUGCUGGAUUAUCUGGGUUUUGCCAGGUGAGCAUACCAUUAGGCACACAUGAUGGUCUCCCUAUAGCAGUGUCGUUGCUGGCAAAUCAUGGUUCAGAUGGAUUCUUGCUUGAUUUUGUGGAGAGCAUUGACGCCACUCUCGAAAGGCAAUGA